AUGUUCACGCCGGAGCAGCUUCAAAAAUUAUGGAUGCAGCUGGCCCUACAAGGCAUGGGCGCGAAUCUAGGUGCCCUGCAAGCCCUGCAGGCCGCUAAUAUUUCUGCCACUGCUCCACCGCCUGGACUUUUCCCUCAGCUAGCUUCUGCUGCUAUUCCUGUUGUGAAUCCUGGGUCACCGACAACAUCCACUUUAACUUCUGAUCAAAUUAUUCAAACGUGCGAUCAAUUAGAGAAAGCAGACGAUGUUGAUCGAUUGGCUCGAUUUCUCUACAGUCUUCCACCAAAUUUGAUUCAAGAGGUGGUGUCGAAUGAGGUGGUGCUGAGAGCUAGAGCUUUGGUGUGCUUUCAUAUGGGUGACUUCCGACAGUUGUACAGUAUUCUUGAAAAUCACAAAUUUACUCAAGGGAGUCAUCAGAAAAUGCAGUACAUGUGGCAAGAGGCACAUUACCGGGAAGCUGAAAAGCAACGUGGCAGACCUCUCGGACCGGUCGACAAGUAUCGUGUGCGUAAGAAGUACCCGAUGCCGAGAACAAUCUGGGACGGAGAGCAAAAAACGCAUUGCUUUAAGGAGCGAACUCGAUCUUUACUAAGAGAGUGGUAUCUGAAGGAUCCAUAUCCAAACCCAAGUAAGAAAAAGGAGCUAGCGAAUGCUACCGGCUUGACAGCGAUGCAAGUCGGUAACUGGUUCAAAAACCGUCGGCAAAGAGAUAGGGCAGCAGCUGCAAAGAACAAACAAAACGUGAUUGGUGUCGAAUUGAAGAAGACGUGUGGUGGUUCGGAUGGUUCAGACAGCGACGACGACAACGACUUUGAUGACAGCAUGACAGACUCACCGUCUCCCAUUGACGAGCCGAAGGACCUAUCAUUGAGACCAUCGUUCUGCGCAGAUCGCCUUCUGGAGCCAUCUACGUUUUCCAUGAAUUCCUUCUUUCUCUUCAAUCCUGCGUUCCUCCAAAUGCAACAGCAAUUAUCCACACAAUUCUCCUUACCUCUGCCGGUUGGCCAAGCCUUUAAACAUACACCGAAAAGAAGCAAGCUCUCCAUUGACGAGAUUCUCGAUUUGAAACCGGAAUCUAAAGCUUGCACGUCACCGCCACAUUCUCUUUCACCUUCCUCGUCCAAUUCAAACAAGGAAAUAUCUUCUUCGCCAGAAGUGAAACGAGAGCAAUCUCUCACCUCAGCUCACGCAGAAGCCGAGCAGGUAGCUGUGUAG